AUGCUAUUAUUGAAUUACACACAAAAUUUCCAAUUAAUAACAUUUUUAUUAUUUCCUUUUAUUAACACAUUUGAUUAUAAUUGUUUAAAACCAACAACAACAACAACAACAUCACCAACAUCAUCAAAGUUGGGAUUCCUUAAUCGAUCAAAAAGUAAUAGUAAUAUAAAUAUAAACGAACUAAAAAAUAAAUUUUUAGAACAACAACAAGAAGGUUCAAUAAGUAAUAUAGCUGGUGUAGCAACAACACAACAAAAUCCAUCAAUAGUAAUAAAUUCAUCAUCAUCAUCAUCAUCUUCUUCAUCUCAUCAUCCACAUCAUCAAAAAACACCGAGUAAUAGUAGUAGUAAUUUCAAUUUAAUAAAAGCAAGUUUUAAUCAAAUUGGUGUAGCAUUUAAUAAUAAUAUAUCACCAAGAUCAAAUAGAAAAGAAAAAGAAAAAGAUAAAGAUAAAGAUCAUCAAGAUAAUAGUAAUAUAAAUAAUAUAAAUAAUAUAAAUAAUAAUAUAAAUAAUAAUAUAAAUAAUAAUAAUAAUAAUAAUAAUAAUAAUAAUAAUAAUAAUAAUAUGCAUAAUCCAACAUCAUCAUCACCAUCAAUUAAUAAUAAUUUAAAAGGUAAAAAUGUUGCAUCGAUUAUUGCAGCAAAUGGAGCCAAUUUAAAUAAUAGUUUAAGUAAUCUACAUCAACAUGUAAAUAAUAAUUCAAAUAAUAAUUUAACCAAUAGUUUCAAUAGUGUAUCACAUAAUAAUAUAUCGAUAUCAAGUGGUGGUAGUGCAUUAAGUUAUAAUUAUACCCAACAAUUGAAUCAAAAUGGUGGUAGUAAUAAUGGUAGUACAAGUAAUAGUACAAGUAAUAGCGCAAACAAUAGUUUGUUAUCACUGGCAUCAUCAAUCAAUGGUAAUAUUGGUAGUGAUGAGAAUGGUAGUAAUGUUAUGUAUGGUGGUGAUAUUGCAUCCUCUUAUCAUUCAAUGUCAAUUGACCCAUUGAAAUCAAGUACCAACACAGAAACCAUUGAAAUUAUGGUAGUUGGUGAUGAGUUAUCCAAUAAGGCUAGAUUUAUAUCAUCAUUUUUAAAUAAUGGUAUUGGUGAAGAUCCAACAUUGGAAAUUUCAACAAAGAAAUCCAUAGCAAUUCAAUCGGGUGCUUACAAUGUAAACAUAAACACAACGGUUGGUCAAGAAGAGUUUUGGGGUAUUAAUGAUGUAUAUUAUCGUUCAAGUCAAGGUUUCAUCUUUGUAUACAAUGUAAAUUCACGUGAAAGUUUCCUUUCAUUCCUUAAAUUUCGUGAUAAGAUCAUCCAUGAAAAAGGUACAGAGAAUAUUUUAAUGGCAAUGGUUGGUUUAACUUCACCAUUGAUAAAUCAAGAAUCUGGUGAAGAAAGUUGUAUAAGAGAAGUAACUCAACAAGAAGCAAAACGUAUGGCUGAUCUUUAUAGUUGUUCAUUUGUUGAAUUAAAUAGUUUUGGUUUAGAUUGCGAACAUCAAAUUCAAUCAAUUGUAACCGAUUUAUUAGGCCGUAUAACAAGUGGUUUAUCUUCAACCAACAAUAACAACAGUGGUAACAAUAGCAAUAAUAACAAUGGCAAUAGUAAUGGUAAUAGUAGUAAUAAUAAUAGUAAUAAUAAUAGUACAAAUAAUUUAAAUAAUAGUGCAAUUUUAAAUGAAUCAAUUGCUCAAUCAAUUGAAGUUUUAAUGUUGGGUGAUAUUUUCGUUGGUAAAACUCAAAUCAUUCAAAGAUUGUUAGGUAAUCCAUUUCAAAAUGCUUAUAAGGAAACCACGGAAUGGAAUAGAAACGUUUAUCAAAUGACGGUAAAUGAUGUAAGAUAUUUAUUAAAGAUUGUUGAUACAUGUGGUUUGGAUAUUGAAGAGACAUUAAAUCGUGAAAGAUUAGUUAGUACACAAGGUUUUAUUUUCGUUUAUUCGAUUGCUUCUCGUGAAAGUUUUCUAAUGAUUGAACAAUUGCGUAAGAAACUAUCAAGUAUUAAAAGUGAGACUAAAAUUCCAUCGGUUUUAAUCGCCAAUAAGGGUGAUUCAUUAAUUCGUCAAGUUACAUUUGAUGAAGGUAGUAAGAUGGCACAACAUCUUGGUAGUCAUUAUUUCGAGGUGUCUUCGAUGUUCUCUGACGAUGAAUCCAUUGGUAGACCAUUCGAACAAUUGUUGAUCGAUAUUCAAAAGUCGGGUAAUGCAAGCGGCUUUGAACCAAGCGAAAUCAAAAAGAAGGGUUAUCUAUUUAAAGAGGGUAAGAAAUUGAAAUCCAUGUCAAAAUACUUUUUCAAGGCAAGUAGAGGUAAUCUAUCCUAUUGUAAGAAUGAAUCCAAUAAGAGUAAGGUGAAAUCCAUACAAUUGUCUGAACAAAUUCAAUUGGCAAUACCACAUAAUGUUCAUGAGAAAAAGGACGUUUGGCCAUUCUCUAUCAUUUUAGAUCCAGUUAGUAAACAUAGUAUCAAUUUAAUAGCCUCCACUGAGGAGGAAAGAAAUGCUUGGAUUAAAGCAAUCAAAUUCAAUUGUUUCCUUGAAGAUAUAACUUCAAAUAUUAUAGAUGAUGUCGUAAAAAGUAUGGUUAGUGAAAUUGCCUCUGGUGUGGCUGGCAGUGGUAGUAAUAAUGGUAAUAAUAAUGGUCAUUUAAAACGUUCCGAUACUACUCAACAAUUAAAUAAUAGUGGUAGUUUUAUUAAUGGUAUAAAUGCAAAUAAACCAGUACCAAACUUUUCAAAUUUAUCAAUUAGCGGUGGUGGUAGUAGUAACAAUUCAAAUAAUUCAACACCAAUGUCUUCACCAUAUGGUAGUAGUAAUAAUUUCUCUUCACAUUUAUCACAAUCAACUUCAUCAAUGUCAAUGUCACCACAACAACAAUUACAAAGUGUAUUAUUAUCCUCUUCAAAUCUUUCAUCGUCAAUGAAUAGUAGUUUUAGUUAUUCUUCUUCAAUUUCUUCCUCUUACACUGAUUCAAUGUCUGGUUCUCCACCAGAUUCAAAUGGUCAAGUUUUCCCUCAAUCUCCACAACUAAAGAAAACUUUAUUCCAACGUACUACUAGUUUUUCAAAAGGAAGCAAAUUAAAAUAA